AUGGUGGAACACAGCGGCCUGGAUAUUAUGUGUCUGAACAAGUACUGUCACAGUUCCUCCUCGUCGUCCAGCUCCGAGCACGACAAGAAGAUUUUCACCAAAUUAAAACUCAAACUGUCAGCGGACUAUCCGAAGAAGAACGCAGAGUUCCUCAGCGGUCAGUACGGGACCAAUUUGCUGCUGAUCGGGGCUGCGCUGAUGCUGGCCAUUACGCACCAUGACCCCGAUGUCAAGGAAGAGCACCUGCUGUCCUUUGUCACCUGCCUCAUGAUCCUCCAGCUGAUCUGGAUGAUGUGGUACAUUCUGGUACGGGACAGACAGAAGAACUCGCGGACCGAGAAAGACGUCCACGCCACCACAUCCUGGAUAAGAGGUGGCUUGACUCUCCUUGCACUCCUUUCACUGAUUAUGGACGCUUUUCGAAUCGGGUAUUAUGUUGGCUAUCAGUCUUGUGUGUCGGCUGUGCUCGGGGUAUAUCCUGUCAUCCAUGCAACCCACACCAUAGCACAGGUGCAUUUUCUUUGGUUUCACAUCAAGGACGUCAUCAAGAGCUUUGAAACAUUUGAGAGAUUUGGAGUAAUCCACGCAGUCUUUACCAACCUCCUCCUGUGGUGCACCGGUGUGAUGUCAGAGGCCGAGCACUUCUUGAACAACCAUAUGAGAAGACUCUCUGCCCUGGGCUAUGAAAACCUCACCAUAGAACAGUCAGAGCCUCUCUGCAACUGUUCCACCAGCACUUGCUCCAUGUUCACCACCAGCCUCUACUAUCUCUAUCCCUUCAAUAUCGAGUACCACAUCUUUGUCUCUGCCAUGCUCUUUGUAAUGUGGAAGAACAUCGGUCGGACCAUUGACCUUUCCUCGAAUUGGAAAAGGCUGGCUACCAAAACCCAGGGCCUGUCUGUAGGCCCCAUUCUGGGUCUACUUGCCCUGGCCAGCACUAUUGGGAUCCUGGUGGUCUACAUCACCUAUGUUGAGUCCCUUAAAACACGCCAGUCAGCCAUUUCCAUGUUCUACAUUUACGGCAUUGUGAUGCUGGUGUUCAUGUGCUUAGCUGGUGCUUCAGGUCUACUCAUAUACCGAGCAGACCACAUGCCACUGGACACCUCCAAGAACCCGUCACGACAGCUGGACACAGAGCUGCUGUUUGGAUCCUCUAUCGGCUCCUGGCUUAUGUCCUGGUGCAGCAUUGUGGCUGUGCUGAGUGCCAAUAGCAGCCCCCCUUACCUCUGGACAAACUUCAUCUACUCUCUGCUCAUUGUGUUGGAGAAGUACAUGCAGAACCUCUUUAUCAUAGAGUCUCUUUACCGCCAGCAGCAGGAUAGAGAAAGGGAGGACUCAGAAUUACCACCUGCUCCAGAAAUCUUCUCGGUGACUUCCUCUUUAGCCCCUCCAUACAACGGCAUCAUCAACCGAGCCUACGAGACUCCAGACAGGGCCUGCGUCACCAUGGAGAACGAGCAGGAGGAGGGCGGCCCGGUGUACACAUGUCCGAGGAAACCAUCGGAGGUGCCGCUGCCUGUGAGAAACAAAGUAGAGGAGCCUUCAAAUAUUAAGAGGCAAAUCCUGAAGAACAUUGCUGUCUUCCUGAUAAUGUGCAACAUUUCGCUGUGGAUCCUUCCUGCCUUUGGCUGCCGGCCACAGUACGAGAACGGGUUGGAACAGGAGACAUUCGGCUUCAGCAUAUGGACAACAGUUCUCAAUUUUGCCAUUCCUCUGAACCUUUUCUACCGCAUGCACUCAGUUGCCUCCCUCUUUGAGGUGUUUCGCCGGGUCUGACAGAGUAGCAGAUGACUGACAAUGCCAGGUAACAAGCACAAGAACACUUGUCACCUCCGGCUCCCGAGAGUGUCUCAUAGCGCAGGUCAACCGUUCAGGAGGCAGUCUGGGUCAUACUCCAACAGACUUGAAAGCAAGCCAAACAAAACACAGAUCCUUCAAUGUGGGGAUUACAGAGGAAGACGAACC